AUGAAGACAAAGGCAGUUGCCGCAGUGACUAAAGAUGUUGUUCGCUCGGGUUUGAUUGAAAAAGUAAUUCCUGCUAUUCAAUCAAAAUGGCCUCGGUCUAGCGUGGGUGAAACUAUUUAUAUUCAACAAGAUAAUGCAAGGCCUCACAUCAAACCAAAUGAUGCUGAGUUUCACGAGGCUGCAACAAGGAAUGGGUUUGAUAUUCGUUUAACAAAUCAACCCCCAAAUAGUCCUGACUUGAAUGUUCUUAAUCUUGGUUAUUUUAACGCCAUACAAUCCUUGCAACAUCAAGAGGCGCCUAGAACAAUCGAUCAACUUAUGAAUGCCGUGGAGAAAUCUUUUGAUAAAUUAUCAUCACACAAACUCGAUUCAGUUUUUUUAUCUCUACAAGCUUGUAUGGUUGAAGUGAUGAAGGUUAAUGGGGGUAAUAAUUACAAAUUGCUGCACAUUAGGAAACCCCAAUUAAGGAGAGAUGGAGUUCUUCCCUCUCAACUUGAAUGUGGCCGAGAUGUUGUGGAGAAUGUGCUGAUUCAUUUACAGAAUCAAGUUUAA